CUUAGCCGUCCAUCUGUUCAAGCUUAGUUCUGGCCAACCACAGCAGACAGCACCCAAGCACCAUGCCUUUUCCCGGCACAGUUCAGUUUAGUACUAGAAAGAUGAGGAUGUUCCACCGGCCAUGAAGGUGAAAUUGAUGAAACCUCCAUUACCACUACCGCUCGUACACGUACCUCAUAGUACCAUACUCCACCACCUCCAUAUAUAAAUGAAUCGAGUGGUCGACAGAUACAUACACGCUAGCCACUACACCAUAUGGAUUUGCAACUUUGCAAGCAAGCAAGCUAGCUAUCUAGCUAGCUCCACCAUGGAUGAGUUCACUUUCCCCACUGUCCCGGGAGGGCAGUGCAAGCUCGCGCCGUUCCCUCCGCCGUGGUUCGUCGCCGCCGUCGCAGAGGAGGAGGAGGGGGACGACGGCAGCGGCGGCGGCGGCGCGCCGUGGGGUCGCGACGAGAAGAUGGACAUGCUGUGGGAGGACUUCAACGAAGAGCUGGCGCGCGCGCCGCCGGUGUGCCCUCUGAGCCCCGUGAGCAAGGGGGGCGGGCUGAUGGCGAUGACGAUGAUGAAGGAGGCCGAGUGGUUCUACAGCGACGGCGACGGCGACGGCGAUGACGGUGGUGUCAUCGAGGCGAGGAAGCGUACUGGCAGUGGCAGGCACAUGGUGGUCCGGCGCCGGAGGUGGAGCCUGCUGCUGAUGCUCAGGUUGCUCAAGAAGCUCUUCCUGGUGAAGAAGUCCAGGAACGGGAGAACCGCGCCAAUCUGAUCACCUCAGAUGAGCUCCAGAAGUCAAUGCAGAAAUUAUUGGUGCGGUGCAUCAGUCAGUACUCAGUAGUGUGUGCAUAGUUGAUACGUAUAUCAUAUACUCUACAUGUGUAAUUUUGCUUUUUCUCACAAGACUUAUUUUUGGCUGAAGAGUGUAUUCUUCUUCAUCUUUCUCUUGUUUUGAUCAACUUGUUCUUCUUCUUGGCAUCAGUAUAUUCCCAACUACAAACAAUUGUGUUUCCCUCAGAAUCAUCUAAAUUUUGGUUUCGGAUCAA